UAGUAAGAUACUCGAGGAAUUUAGCUGCUUCUAUAUCGAAUUACUACACCAGGAUUAACGCUAAUUGGUGUCGCUUUUAAGUGUUAAAUUAGUGCAUGUUAAAAAAAUAAGGAAAUUACAGUAGACUUAAAGGAAACUUCUUAUCCGGAUUGAACAGUUUUGAUAAUUCUAAAGUUGUGAAAUAACAAAUAGCGCAACAAAAACAACAACAAUAAGAUAAACGCUCUUUUCGGAACUCCUUAGUUUUUAUCCGCCUUCUUCAUAGAUUUUACCCGCGGUUGGUUUUAUCGCUUCAGAGUUUGCUUAGACACUCGAUAAGGUGUUAAAAGUGUUAAUUGACAAGCUUUUGACAGACGUAGAGGAAACAAUUAUGAUUUGUUACUACUUUAAUGGGUAAAGAAGAUGUGAAAAAGAAACACCGCGCAGUAUUUGCACAGUGAUAAAUCUACCGGGAUACGCAUUUAAAGCUGAAAUAGUGACAAAAUUCAGAGGCAUUUGUUACAAACACGUUUUCAUUGUAGAAAACGGCGGCGUUAACAAUAGAAAUACUUUAGAUGAACUUUUAGUAGAGUUUUAUCAGUAAUGGUUAAUAUCUUUUGUCCUGUUAUUAAUUCUGUGAAAUUCCGAGGAGUCAAUCAAUUCACUACUUCAACUUAGGAUGGACACGUAACACAAAAAGAAGUGAUCGAUUCUCUAGUAGCGUUGAUCGCCCCGGAUUAUCUUCUAUUGUUUGGGUGAUUACUGAUGAAUGUGUGCCGAAUCAUUCGGGAUUUUCCUUAACGAAUUCGGUAGAUAUGAAUUAAAGAUGUUCUGAAGAGAUUGCUAAAGAAAUUAAAGAGUUCUCCGUGGGAUCGUAACCUGUGGGAAAAAGAAAAGAAAUUGAACUGUUGUGGAAUUUAUUACGUACGAAUGAAUUGAUUUUUUUUUAAAGAUUAGAUUAAAAAUAACGUUUAAUUGAAAAUUUUAAAGGAUAAUAAUAAAAAGAAGACGGAUUUGACAGUGAUAAAUUAUUGUUAAAAACUGCAUAACUAAUAUUGUGAAAUAAAUGUGACAUUGUUAGAAUAAACAUGCUCUUGGAUAAAGUACCUAAACGAUAAAGAAAUAGCAAAAUAUGGAAUAAAAUCAUGUCUUGAGAGGAAUUUAUUAUAAACAGAUCGCUGCAGGUUAUUUUUUAUAAAAAGAUGUGAUGAAGCAGUUACAAUGAUUGUUGUACGAAUGAAUCUUCUCAUAUUGGUCACGUUGAUCAAACUGGGAGAAGGUACACAUGCUUUCCUUGACCUUCUGAAGGAAGCCGAGUACGAGCCUAACUCGGAACCUAUAACAUUCCAUCGCCGUGGUACCUCAAGACCGGCUCCGUCAGAUAAGCUGCCGGUCUUAGACCUUAUAGAAAAUCCAAGUUCUAUGUUUGAUCCGCCGGAGUCGGAGCUAAACCAUAGAAAACUAAGAAAAGCUCUUGGUAGAGACUUUGAUUCGGAGUACAUGGGUAUCGGCCGUCCUAUAAUUGCCGUGUUUCAACCGAAUGGGACGGUUACUGUUAAAAAGCGAAAGGGACGGCCUAAAGGAAGGCGGCCGGACUAUAUUCAAAAUGUUGGAAAACCAAUACGAUAUGGAAAUCAAAUGAGACUGCCAGGAUUAAAUGUUAAUAGGAGGACUAAAAGGAAAAUAAAGAAAUAUAUGUGGAAUUACACGCAUUGUCCGGUAGUGUACGCAUGGAAGGAUUUAGGCAUCAGAUUCUGGCCGCAGUGGAUAAAAGAGGGCCACUGUUAUAAUGGACGAUCAUGCUCGAUACCCCCGGGGAUGAGUUGUCGGCCGACAGGUUCUGAAACACGAACAAUAUUUAGAUGGCAUUGUCCAUUGAAUAAGAAAGGUCAGCUCAUGAAAUGUAAAUGGAUUAGAAUUCAGUAUCCAAUAAUAACAGAGUGUUCAUGUUCAUGUUAAAUAAUUGCUUUCAUUUAAAAGAUGAAUUAUAGUGCGCCAAGUGUUGUGUGUAAAUAUUUAACACUGUUACAUUACGGGUUAAUUCUGGUACCGGUAAGGUGCAUAUAGAAAUUGUUGAAUAUUUUGAACAUAUUUUGACGUUUGUGUAUAUUUAUUGAAAUAUGUUUGAGAUUUCUCUGUACCUCGUUCAGGACUGUUUACUUUGAAUAAAUGGUGGGAUGUAGGCCAGUCAUUCGGAUAUUACCAAGUAAAAAGUUGUUAAGUGUUUUAACUUUAGCAUAUAUAUGCUAGAAUAUGAUAAUGUAAAUACUGAAACCACUUUUGUCUAGAUUUAGAUAUUGUUUUCUCAAAAUGUUAUAACGUAAAUUUAUACAGAUUAAUAUUGAAAUUGAUACAAAUAUAUCUGAGUCGGAAACAAUACAAAAUGUAUAGACAUAGAAAAGUUAUAUAAUACUAUAGGCUGGUCAAUAACUGAUUUUUGUUUGACCUUGAACAGUACAAAGCUUUAUAUGCUAAGCAUUAUACAUGCAUUAGUUUAAAUGUUACUUUGACACAAUGAGCAAUGUUUCAUGUUGAAAAACGACUUAUAGUUCAAUCAAACACCUUUGAUUCCUUUUUAAAAAACAUUAUGAAAUUGAUAAAAUAUAUGCGACUUUUUAAAUUGUGAAAUAUUUAAACGACGAAUUGUUUAACUCUCGUAAUUAUAUCAUAAAUAAAAAGCACACGAAAAUUUACAACAUUGAAACUAUAUACACUUCCUAGAUGAAUUGAUUUGGUAAAAUAAAUUUAUCCUAAUUUGUAAGUAUAGUUUUACAAAAGAGUCAUGUAGAGUAUUACCCUAUAUUUGCAGUUAUUUAGAAAUUAAUUUAUGUUGAACCCCAAAUUCAAAUAAUGAAGUUUAGUAAUUUAAAUUAUUGAAUACAUAUAAUUAAUCGUUUUAUGUAUAUCAUAUCAUUAGAAAAUUUGGCACUCUCCGAUAAUCAUUUUUGUUUGAUUUUGAAUAUGAAAAUGUACAGUUUGAAAAAUUGAAAACCUUAGAUGGGCCAAUAAUUUUAUUGUUUGACUUUUACAUAUGACGUUUGUCGUUAUAAGAGGCAAUCAAAACUGUUUUAAACAAUUUCAGACCGUGGUCAACCAGUAUACGUAUAUCGAAAAUAUUGUACACAACUUAGUUAAUUCUAAUUUAAAAUAUAUCUAUUGAAAUUUAGUUUUGAAACAAGCUUUUACUAUUUAUAUUAAUUGCUUUAUGAGUUGUAUGACUUGAUUUUAUAUAAUGUUAGUAUUAACCCAAUUUAAGAUUCAAAAAAACUCUUAAAUGUGUUCUUAUAUGGAAAUAAAAAUUUUCUUUUUUAAAUCAAUUAAAAAAAAUCAGCUGAUUUUGUUUUAAGAAACCAUACACACUGACAUGGUCAAGUAGAAAAAGUCACAUGUUUGUUUUUUUUGUUUUAUGUAUACUGAAAUAAUAUGCCAAAUGAUUUGCAUGUUACACGUUUCUUUGAAUUGUAUUGUUAUGUGAAUAAAUCGUGAAUAAUAAAUCACA